GUUUCAAGUAGUGAGUUACACAAAGUUGGUUUGUCGUGAUUCUCGCGCUAGUGAUAAGUUGCAUAAUAUUACUCAAGCUGCGUUCACUGGUGCAUGCUCAUAAAAACGGACAGUUGACUAAUACUGGGUAUAAGAAAUGUCGCGUGGUUACCUAGGAAACCACAAAGACGAUGGAUGGUCGGGAUAUGGUGGAUAUAUGCGUGCUAAGAUAUCGAAAUUGGAAAAGCAAUUCAAUGAACAAAGCGAAUCUGGUUUAUUAUUAUUCAGUGGUGUCUCUAUUUAUGUGAACGGUUACACAGACCCACCUGCUUUGGUCUUACGAGAUUUAAUAAUACGCCACGGCGGUCGUUACCAAGCAUACUACAGUCGAUCAGCAGUUACUCAUGUGAUUGCCAGUCGUUUACCUUAUGGAAAACUAAACAAACUCUCAGAUGAGAAGUUAGUCACUGCAAAUUGGAUUACUGAAAGUAUUGAAGCUGGUAAACUUUUACCAUGGCAAAGUUACCAGCUGUAUCCAACUCAUCGUUCUGGAACUGGGCAGAAAACUCUGAAGAUUAUACCUGUUAUUCCCGCAGAUGAGACAAAUUCUGACAAAUUAGAAAUAGUUUCACCGCCUACUGUUACAAACACAAAUAAAGAUCCAAAUACAAAUGUAAUUACAGAAAUGUCCUCCUGCAGUACACAUCAAUUGUCAUCUUCAAGCGACAAACAAGCUCGAGUUCAUCAAAUGCGUGUCGAUGAGUGUUUAUCGUUAAAUCAUGUGUUAAAAACAGAUUCUUAUGAUAGUUUACAUAGAAAGGUCCAAAAGAAUAGUCCUCUAAAACCUGCAAUUACAUUGAAACAACUUCUGAACAAUAAACUUGACGGUGAUACUCUUCAAACAACCAAUCUGAUUAAAGAUGAAGUACCUUCAUCUGUUGCUUCCCAUACAUCGAUACAACAAACCUCAUUGAAAGCAUCACUAGAUCAAAAAUUAGCUACAUUUUAUUCCCGUUCACGCUUACAUCAUCUUUCUUCUUGGGCUAAAGAUCUACAUAGCUUAGUCGAAGAGAUGCGUAAGAAUCCUGAACAUAACUGUGAUUUAGGCAUGAAAUGGUAUAAUCAAAUUUCAAGCGAUUUAUCUCCAUCCAGAAAUAACAAAAAAACGAUUGAGCUACGUGCACGAUAUGUUCAUUGUAAUCAUUCUAAUUCUUAUCCGCUAUCAAAACCACAAAAGCCUCAAAUUAUAUUUCAUAUUGAUAUGGAUUGUUUCUUUGUAUCUGUCAGUAUUCGAAGUAGACCAGAACUUAAAGACAAGCCAGUUGCUAUUACACAUGCGAAAAGCUCACGUGGUUCAUUUAACGACAUUAGAAGUAGUAAUAAACACACGGAAUCGAUGUCUGAAGUUGCUUCCUGUUCAUAUACUGCUCGUCAGGCUGGAGUGAAAAACGGAAUGCUUCUAGGAAGAGCCAAACAACUAUGCCCAGACUUAAUUGUUUUACCGUAUGAGUUCGAGGCUUACAAAUCAGUAUCAGAGCUGCUAUAUAAUACCAUUUCUCGCUUCACUCGAGACAUCCAAGCGGUAAGCUGCGAUGAACUGUAUGCCGAUUGUACAGAACUACUAACUUAUUCGAAUGAAAACGAGAUCAAACCGAAACUCUAUGAUGGUAAUUGGGAAGUUACCUAUCAAAUCAUUAAUCCGUUAAUUUUGGGUAGUUAUAUACGAGAAUUAGUAAAAGGCAUCACUGGUGGAUGCACAGCUUCUAUUGGAUUUGGUACAAGUAAAUUAUUGGCACGUUUAGCCACAAAGAAGGCUAAGCCCAACGGCCAAUAUUGGCUUCUUGGCCGCUCUGGAAGCGCAUGUCCGAAACUUGAUAGGCCAACAAAAAGGGGAAGCUGGAGGUGGUAUUCUUCAGAAGGGAAUGUAGAACAGCUAGAUGUCCACUCGGAAUGUGAAUUAACUGGCGAUGAGUAUCAGUGGCUGUGUGACCUACCCCUCACUGAAAUUCCAAGUAUCGGCAGAUCCCUAGCAGGUAAAAUAUUUCAAGCAUUUGAUGCAAAAACGUGCGGCCAACUGAUGUCCGAAGUCUCUCACAAUCAAAUCACAAACUUACUUGGAAAGAAGACUGGUAGUCGUGUUUACAUGGCAUGUCGCGGAAAGGAUUUAGAUAGUUUGCAUUUCGAGAAGGAAUAUAAAUCUAUAUCAGCAUCAAUGAACUACGGAAUUCGAUUGAGCUCACAAUCUGAAUUAGAAGCCUUAGUACACUCACUAUGUGAAGAAUUGAGCUCUAGAAUGCGAAAUAUUAAAAUGAGUUCAAUGAAUGCCGGCUGUGUAGGAAAAUCACUAACCGUCAGAUUAUACCUACGACUUCCUAACGCACCCGCACAGACUUCAAAAUAUAUGGGUCAUGGUUUAUGUUCAAUAACCAAUCACACUAUACAAAUGACUGAAUAUACAGCAGAACCUACAAUCCUUUAUCGAUAUGCAGUAAAAACAGUUAAUCGAUUAUGUCCUGAACCAAAGGAUUUACGGGGAAUAGGAUUGCAAGUUCAUCAGCUACAGUACGGAGGCUCAAGGGUUAAUUAUAUGAAGAUUAUGAAUCCAUGUAGCAACGAUCAAACCGUUAAGGAAAACGACCAGUCACUUCGUUUGCCAAAAACAAACAACUUGGUGAACUCCCAAUGUCAGCAAAUCAGUGUGACCGACAAUGAAGACCAACGUCGUCAAGAAUUAAACAUUACGGAUGUUGAGAAAGAUAUUUCGAACGAUUGUAACCGAUUGGGACAUUUAGAGGACAGACAUAAUACCAACGGAGUACUCGAAAUACAGAAAAAUGUGACAUCAUGUAGUUCAAACUUUAUGCCCAUCGCAACUCCAGUAAAACAAAGAAACAUAUCAGUGAAUGGCAGAAAGUUGCAGAAAAAGCGCGUAUGUAAGGGAGGAAAACUAUCAGUAGUCAAGAGUGCACGACUUCAAAAGAUGAAUUGUAAAUCCAUUUCAAAACACAUAAGUAUACCUACUCCCAUGAACUCCGUAAAACCUGAGAUACCACAACUCGGUUGCUUAACACAGGCAAUGGAAGACCCGAGUGGCUUGUUCACCAAUAAAACAUUGACAGAACUUCAACAAAUUUUUGGUGAUUGGAUAACUAGUGAAGCAGUGCCCCAAAACGAAGAUAUACAAAUUUUGACCAAUUACCUUUCAUCUCUGGUGAAUACAAAUUUGGAGCGAAUUCGCUCAGUACUUAUACUCCUUGAUAGACUUAUAACAAGACUUGCGCAUCCAUCCGAUGGUAGUUGGAGAAAAGCAUAUCAAUCAAUACUUGAUACAUUAUCGGAAUCAAUUAAAGAAAAGUACAGUGGAUUCAAUUUGAAACUUCGACUAGCAGAGUAACAAAAAUAAGUUUCCAAUGUUAAAACAUUUUAUAAAAUUUUCUUGCCAAAAGUAAUAAAGUUUCUCAAGAAUCC